UCUGAACCUGGAACCGAAACAAUUAAUAUUGGGCAGAAUCACGUGACUACGAGAGCCACCAUUGAUGGCAUAGCCAUGAGCUUCGACUUCCGGUUCCUGUACUUCUGCGCAUUGAAUGGAUACUCGUUGUACAGAGUGCCAACGGCAUUGCUAAGGAACAGAUCAGCAAUAUUUUCUGUGGAAAGUGUUGGUCGAAAAGUUGACCUCACAGACGGAAUGGUGUUCACUGACAAAGCAUUGUACUUCGGAGGCUUGACCACAAAUUCUGUAUACAAGUGGUCAAUCAAUCCGGCCAAACACAAUUCGUUUAAUCAACAGCUGGUUAUCUCCAACAAAACCAGUCUCCGAUGGAUUGACACUUUUGCCAUGGACGACCGUCAGAAUCUUUGGCUCGUUGCCAACGGUUUAGACAUGUUUGUGACAGGAAGACGAAAUCUUACACAAACAAAUAUGUUCAUUUGGAAAAUACCAAUUGGAGAGAAGGGCUACCUUUCUUCUGCACUGUCACGGACAAAAGAUGAUAUUUCGAACGGCAGUAUGAACACUAUGACCUGUAAUUUGAUGUUAUUUUCAGUGUUGGUGGUGUUGACGACGUCAUUCAUGCUUUAAAUCAUUUUCUUUAGUGAUAUAGAUAAGUUCGUUAGUUUUUACGAGAUGUUCAACGACGUGUUCAAAAUGUUUCUUCAUUUUAUAUAUUUACAAAAUUUAAAAAAUCAGCGUUCAUAGUCUAAUAUUUGUUUCACAACUUUCACCACCCGAUUUUCUUCGAGAAAUAUAUAGAUGGUCAUGAACGCGAAGAAGACUAA